AUGGACCCCCGUCUGCUCCCCUGGGCGCUGGUGCUCCUGGGCCCGGCCCUGAUACUGGCACUGGGCCACGUGCCUGCCCCGGAGACACCAGAGAAGCUGUGUGGCCACCAGUUCGUUCGGACGCUGGUGCGAGUGUGCGGGGGCCCACGCUGGUCCCCUGAAGCUGGGAGGCUGGUGGCUGGCAGCGGCCGACGGCUGCCGCAAUGGUUGGAAGGACGACAUCUCCAUGGACUGGUGGCCAAUGGGGACCCGAUGCUGUUACUCGACCCACAGCUCCUGCCCCAGGCCUCUCACCAUCACCAUGACCGCCGGGCAGCUGCCACCAACCCUGCCCACCACUGUUGCCUCAGUGGCUGUACCUGGCAAGACUUGCUGGCCCUCUGUCCCCACUGA